AUGGGUGUCUACAAUUGGGCUAUCAAAACAUUGAAUUUUGACCUUCAAAGCGCCGGUGAGAAGAGGUUGCUUGACCUCCAUGCCUUGGAAGAAUUAAGGUUGGAUGCAUAUGAGAGUGCAAGGAUCUACAAAGAAAAGACCAAAGCUUGGCAUGACAAGCAUAUUAGCAAAAGGGAGUUUAAGGAAGGUGACAAGGUCCUAAUAUUCAAUUCCCGGUUGAAGUUAUUUCCGGGUAAGCUUAAGUCAAGAUGGAGUGGACCUUUCACCGUUAAGAAGGUAUUUCCAUAUGGAGCGAUAGAAAUCUCAAAUGACAAUGGUGAACCGUUCAAAGUGAAUGGCCAAAGGCUUAAGGCAUACUUUGACGGUUUUGUGCAUGAGGAAGCCAAGGUUGUUCACCUUGAUGAGUUUGAUGUUCCCUACUCUCAUUGA